CAUUUAAUUUACCAACGAAAACGAAGAAGUCCUUCAAUCACAUUUAUUAUUUUGAUUAAAAAGCUCAAGAUUUUAUAGUUAUAGACAAAUUAUAUAUUAAAACUGUUUAAAUAUGUCUAAAGUUGAUACAACUCCAAUUGAAGAUUUGCCCAUCAUGGAGCAAAUACAAAUACUUAUAAAACCUCCGCCCAAUGAAGAGGAAAAAUUGGGAAUACGUCCCGCCGUGGUAAAACAUCCAUACUAUAAACGACCAGGACGUGGUCAUAAUCAUGAUUUGUGUGAUGCAUGUGAAGAAGGGGGAAAUUUGCUGUGUUGUGAUCGUUGUCCCUCUAGUUUUCAUUUGCAAUGCCAUGAUCCUCCUCUAACUGAAGAUGAUAUACCUAGUGGUCAAUGGCUAUGCCACAAUUGUCGUAUGACUUUAAAAACUGCACCGUCUUCGUCAAAGUCUAGUUCAGUGGAACGUACGUCAUCAGUUUCGGCAGCCGUCAGUUCACGCCCGAAUACUCCAUCUGCUGGCGGCGAUUUAGAAUCAAUACCUUUAAAAAUUCGUCAUUUACGAAAACGUAGCAGCAGUAGAGCCUCAUUUUGUAGCGACUUAAGCAGUACUGAAAAAUAUCUUUCUAAAUUACCAGUUGGAAUUCAGCGUGCAUUAGAUCCCAAUAAGAAACCUACACCAUUAGAUGAGUUAAUAAAGGCGGCAAGCAUUUUGAAUCCAAAACAAUUUGAGCUGCCCAGAGAGCUGGAGAUACAUACACAAUUUCCAGGCAAUGAUAAGAUUGAACCCAUACGUACGAAUGGCAAUGGUGGUCAUAAGAAACCAAAUUUUCGUCGCAACUCUAAGCCGUACGAACUGGAUACACAAGGUUUGGUACCUUUGCCGGCAAAAACUUGUUUUUAUUGCCACCGGUCGUGUAAAAAAGCUCCAUUAGUGGCAUGUGAUUACUGUCCACUUUAUUUUCAUCAGGACUGUUUGGAUCCCCCAAUGACGGCAUUACCCACAGGUUUAUGGAUGUGUCCAAAUCAUGUUGAAAAUUUUAUUGAUGAAAAUCUCCUGACGAGUAUCUCGGCUACGGAAAGGGUACGUUUAUGGGAUAAAUUUGCUCAACCCUUCGAUCAUGAAGCAGUGAAAAUGGAUUUUUUCCGGCGAGUACAUAUGAAAAAUCCUCCCUUUCGCAUUAAAAUACCAGUAAAGCCCAGAGAAACUAUUGAAAUUCCUCCGAUGGUUAAAUAUCACUAUGAAAAUCCACCACCUUUGUUGCCUUCAUUGAGAGAGACCUUGCGCUAUGACAUAGUAAAACGUCGCAAAUGCUUACCUAGUGCACCCGAGAUAAUAUCCAAAGAAAGUGUAGCAGAGUCUUUGGUAAAAGACCUAGAAGCGUUGAAAACAGCAAAAGCUAAAUUUAGAGAAAUACAAAAGGAAUUGGGAAAUGUUGAGGAACUAAGUAGCAGCAGUAGCAGUGAAAAUGAGGAAGAAAUUGACAGAAAUGAAGAGAGUGAUAAUAAAACCACAAAAGAAAACGAUGAUUCAAAGGAAAAAGAAAAGGCACAAAAACCUCAACACAAAAUUAAGCGUACCAAGCAAAACAGUUUAACAAUAAGUCAAGCCAUACCAGAAUCACACGUAAAAACCGAAGAUGAACAUUUGAGCAGCGAUAAAGACGAAAAAGCCCUACAAGUCUUAAAUGAUCAGAUUAAAUCGGAAAAUGAACAUAGUGCCGAAGAAUCGGAUGAGGAGACUAAGUACGAUCCUCAAAUUGAUGCUGAACUUCAGUAUUUGGAUGUCGAUCUCAUUAAGAAAUUAGCAUACCAACGGUUACAACAAUUGGUGCAAGAACAUCCGGAAAUUGUGGUUCAAUACCAAAAUCGUACCGCCGCUAAACGUAUAAGAGAAUUGGCAGCUCAGCCAACACCACCACCAACAGCGCCACAAGUUGGCCAACCACAAACAAAUCUGCCAAUCGUACCCUCGCAAAUUUUAUCGCCUACUGAUGUGCGACGUCUGUGUAUAAUGUUUACUGGUGAAACAUCCUCAAUUUUAGCUCAACCCAGUUCUGCAACCGACAACGAUUUACCACAACUGCAUCCAGCCUUGGCAACAGCGGCUGCAAUUGUAGCCGCGGAUGAAGAAGAACAUAAAUAUUUGCCACGUACGCGUACCGAUCAGGAAAAAGCGUAUGAAAUUGCCACUCGUCUCGAACUUAAAUUGAUGAGGCGUAAGAUUCGUGCACGCGCUGUCCUUACACCUCUGGGCGAUAUUUUAGAGGACAAUCGUUGGUUUAGCAACGUAGAAUUACAUAAUUCAUUCUUUAUGCGCUACCGCAGUUUAAAUAUCGGCUAUGGCGAUACCAAUGCUGGUGUUGACGUAAAUUUAUCACUUAUUGGCUAUUGUCGUCGCAUUUCCCCCAAACAUGCCACAAUUUUCUAUGAUGAUUUUACAAAAACAUACGAACUUAUUAAUUAUUCGGAACAUGGUACCGAGGUAAAUGGCCAGUUGUAUUCGUGUGAUUUUACCGAACGUGACCCGACGCCGGCGAAAAAACUAAAAAAUGAAGAUAUUGAACUGCAAAAGAAAGUACAGGCAAUUCUUGAUAAGAGACGGGGUAUACAACGUCAUUAUUAUGUUCUUGACAACAGUACGAGAAUGGCCCCACCACCAAAACCCGAUUGUAGAUGUUCACCAUACGAUGAUUCGCCUAUGGUAAAUGGAGCUUGGGAAGGUACAGCUAUUUUACAACAUGGUUCACUGUUACGUUUUGGCUGCUUAGCAUUUGUGUUUUCCCUGCCUAAAUUGGAAACAUGUAAUGGCCAAGGUUAAUACUUUCAUACAUACAAACCCAACAUCUCCAUUAUUAAAACAUCAUAGUACAACAAAUGGCUUAAUU